CAAGUUGCGAUGAUACAAAUCUUAUUGUGCCUAAAUCUCAAGAGAAAGGAGAAAAUAAAAAAUAUUUUUGCAUGUAUUGCAAAAAAUUGCAAACUAAAUUCGCAAGACAUUUAGAGGCCGUCCAUAAAAAUGAAGCAGAAGUAAAAAAAUUUAUUUUGCUUCCUAAAGGUAAUGCAGAAAGAAAGGCUAUUAUAGACACUAUUAGAAAAGAAAGUAAUUUUAUAUAUAACACUAGCUCGCAGUUUAAUACAGGAGAAUUGAUAGUAUCUCGUAGACCUUCGAAAGCUAAUAAACCUGCAUCAGAUUUUAUGUGUUGCCCAAAGUGUAAGGGCUAUUAUCCAAAAAAUAAUGUAAGGCAUCAUUUUCAAGAUUGCAACAAAAAAAGUUUCGGCAGAUAUGUUAUGACACUUGGUAGAAAAGUACAAGCACGAAUACAUAAUAAAGCCAGUGAUAUGGUCAGAAAAGUAAUAUUCCUAAUUUUAAGAGAUGACAACGUGUGUAAAAUAAUAAGAUAUGAUGAAUUAGUGAUACGUCGCGCAAAUAAAUUAUGUAAAAAAUUUAGGAAUCAGCGUCAUCAUGAUAUGAUAAGAGCAGAAUUAAGACUUUUAGGUCGUUACUUAAUUUCUAUUAGGAAAUUUAAUUCAAAUAUCACUGAUUUUGCCUCAAUAUAUCAAGCACGCCAUUAUGACUCAUGCAUUUUAGCUACUAAAGAUGUGGCUCAAUUUGAUCCUGAUACUAAUAAAUUUAAAACACCGUCUGUUGCUACACGACUUGGUACCCUGUUAAAAAAAUUGGGAAACUUAUUAGCUAUUGAAUAUAUAAAACGAGAUGAUAAUGAAAAUUUAAGGAAUGUAGAAAAUUUCUUGAAACUUUUAGAAGAAGAUCAUGGAACAACAAUAAAUAAAGUAGCAGAGGAAACUAUAACGCAAAAUAAAAGACAUGGUAAAAUUGAAUUACCAAGUAUGGAAGAUAUACAGAAAUUAUAUAACUAUAUGAAAGAAAAAAGAAGUAUAUUAUAUAAUAAGCUUGUUAAAUCUUAUAAUUACAAUAUAUGGUUAGAAUUAUUAAAAGUAACACUCAUUUCUAUGCAAGUUUAUAACAGAAGAAGAGCAGGUGAAAUAGAAAAAGUUCUAAUAGAAGAUUAUAAAUGUUAUAAAAGUAUCGGAGAACACACAGAUUCCGAAGUGUACAAUUCAUUAUCAAAGGCAGGAAAAGAGGCUAUUAAAAAAUUUGUUACAUUUGAUAUUAGAGGUAAAUUAGGUCGUACAGUACCUGUAUUGUUGCAUUCGCAGUUACAAGAUUGCAUCGAAUUAUUAUUGCAACAUAGAUCAAAUGCUAACAUAAAAUUAGAAAACCCUUAUCUUUUUGGCAUUCCCGGAUGUGACAAACAUCAAUAUAAGCAUUUGAAAACAUGCAUUCUUAUGCGAAAUUAUUCUUCAAAGUGUGGAGCAGCAAAACCUCUUACCUUACGAGGCACCAUAUUACGAAAACAUAUUGCUACAAAAUGCAUCACACUUAAUCUUUCGGAAUCGGAAGUCUCAGAAUUGGCAAACUUUAUGGGCCAUGACAAGAGCAUACACAAAUCGCAUUAUCGACAGUCAAUUCCUGAAAUAGACAUUCCAAGAUUUUCCCGACUUCUGAAUGUAGCAAUUUUUAAUGAGGAAAAUGAUAAUGACGAUGAGGAAAUAGAGCAAAACAUUAUUUCUGAGAAUAUAAUUAGCUCAUCUGAAUCCUCCCAUUCCAACGAUAUUAACAAUAAUAAUACACCAUCGUCAAAAACACCAAAAAGAAAACGCCGAAGCA